GAUUCCCCUCCAUGGCAAGGUUCGAGCCGAUUACGGUCUUCCAGAGACCAAGACUAGGCCCUAUGAAGCUAGCCUAGGAUUGGAUCUUGUUGACAGACAUGUGAAGAGCAAUGGGUUUUCUUUUGGGUCCAAUGGGGCGGUGUGCAUGUGCCUCUCUCUCUAUAUAUCCCCUCUUUCAACUCA